AUGAAUGACGGGCAGCAAGAUGGUUUCGCAGCACAAGCCUUUCCUUUACACCUAACGAACACCCGCAACAAGCAGCCUUCCCAGAAACACUCCUGUCCUACUCUGAAGUGCCUCUAUCGGAACCCACUCGCUUUCGUAGGUGGAGGAGGCGGGAUCCACCGGCCCUCGUGCGCUAGGCGACUGCUUACAGCAACUCUCAUGGGCGCACUGUGGGCGACCUCGCACCCAGCAGACGGACAGCCAACAGAGUCCGACUAUAACAGCCAGCCUUCUGAUGUCCCCAUGGCCUUCUCAGAGGGAGUGCAGGCCCCAUCAGAAUUCGCACAGGAUCUUUCUACUUCGGACACACCAAACAACGACUUCCAGCCCUCUCCCACCGUUAGCAGCGCUGCGCUGCCAGAGAUAGACCAACAAAGUGGUGGCGAGUUGUUUCAGAUGCCAGUGUCUCUAAUUGAGGUUGCAAGUCUGCAAAGAGACUCUGAAGGACCAACUGCACCUGCAGAUCCAGGGAAUGCCCGAGGUCUGGAUGCGAUUGUCCCUUUUCUGUUGCCUCUGCACCCGUAUGCCCCAAUUUUUGCUAGUCCAGAUGGUUCCAUAGGCAUGUCUGCUACUUCCGAAGAUAUCGGCAGGUUUUCUGCUGCUACCGAUACAGCUGCAACAGCGCCUCCUCCUCGUUUUGCUUUCUACGGGCCACAGAGCGAUGACCUAAGGGUGGAUGACUGUCAACGCUUCGACGCCUUUCUAGUGUCCCCCUUGCCAUCUUCUGUGGCUUCAAAGUUCAGCGACUUUGUGCAAAAAGAAGCUUCACAGACAGACGGCAUGCCUUACUUGCACCAUAUGCAUGGACGCCCCGCAGAAGACCCGGCAGAUGGCGAAGAGAACCCUCGGCUAGUCGUGGAGGGAGGCAAAGUGACUCAUCUUUGGUCCGAGUUCACAGAAGAUAACCCCAUCUUCCGCAUGGAUGAGGGAACAGUCACUCUGAUUCGUCUGGUGGCUCCUGUGAAAAGCGCAUACGAUGCCAUGGCCUCCAUGAUGCUGAUGCCCAUCAUCGACGUGAAUCUUGCCUAUGGAGAUGGCCUCCUCCUUUCCUACAAAGUCAGCGGCGAGGAGGGAAGGCAGGCAGACCACCAACACCAGGAUGAGACCCACCGCCCAGUGGCCGAACUUCACAUUGCCUACAAGAGUUGCUUUGCUGUGGAAGGGGAUAGCAACGACCCCAUAUCUGUGCGGGCUGAACUUCGCCUCAGCGGAUGCGAACCCGUCGUCCUCAUGUGGAAGGUCGUCUGCUCCGCAGGAGCGCUCCUGCAGGGCACGUUCCGAGGGAUCAGGGGGAGUCUCUGUGCUUGCAUGUGCUCAGAGGCGCCUUCGGGAUUUAACAUUGCAAUCGGCCCUUUGACACCUCCCCCAACUAAAAGCAGUGCAUCUGUGUUGAGGCGCAGUGCCGCUGACCUGCCGUGGGAUCCGAGCCUUGCGCCUUCUCCGACUGUAGCAGAUCUGCGAGCAGUAACAGCGAAAGAAGGCGACCUUGUGGCCAAUGGCGUAGUGGGCGACCGAGUAGCAGCUGUGCAGCCAACUACUCUGGUGUUUGACCCUUCACAAGACUUUGUUGAGAUGUACGCAUGGUGCCGUGGAUGUAAGGACGGCAGGCUGGAGAUGCAAAUUCCAACGACAUCCGCCGACUUGCAAGUGAUGUACCCUCUAUUGUACAAUUACGUUGGGGAUAGCAGAAGAGAAGGUACAGCGACGGAACAGCCCGUCAGCCUUGUUGCAUCUAAGCCAUCUUCUCACGUGAUCCUUAAGGAGAUGCUACCUGGGUUAGAGGAAAACGUGCACAGGUUCAUUUUGCAAUUUCAAUGCAAAUCAGAGGGGGAGUCGAUUGUAGGCAUCGAUUUCUCUUUCCACGGUUACAGGGACGUGCAAAUUUUUGUGAAGAAGCAAUGCGUUGCACCAGCCUCAGCAAGCCUUCGGGACCCGUCUUGCAGCUCAGGAGUCCUCAGCGACGAUGGGGCGGUGUGUUGCCUAGCGUCCUGCGGAGCGUGUGGUGGAGACGGAUGUGAAGACAGAGAAGGAGGCCUCACUGGCUGCUGCGUCCAGAACAUCGUCUCCUCGGCGCUCCCGUGCUCUGUCAUCACGGCCCCUUGCGUCAUAGGUUACCAACAGAACAGAGCUACUAAGGAGCUCCGAAUGGCUUUGGCGUUACCGGAGGAAGCCUCUGCUCAAACUCAGCGCUUUAACUUGCUGCUGGCUCCCCUGUGGUUUAUCUGCGUCUGUCUGGCCUUUUUAAAGCUACUUUUAUGGUGUUUGUCUGUUUUAGCUCUUGUCGUGUACGUGUUUACUGUCGGCUACGGAGUCUACAUCCUGGAGGAACCCUUUCCUGUAGCAGCAGCGCCUUCUGCAUAUCAAUUGUUCAACACCAUCUUGCUUAUUGUUGGCCAUGUGAGGCAUCUGUACAAGACUCACGGCAGUUCGCUGUUUGCGGGUGAAGGAUUUCACUCCUACACUCCGUUUGAGGAUGGGGGAGGAAAGCCACCUGGCCGCAAGCUGAGCAGCGCAGAGAAUCCGUUUCGUCCUCCUGUGCGUUGGCGUGCUAGCGAGGACCACAACUCCUGCAUAAGGCUUACUUCUUUAAAGGCAAAAGCUGCAGGAGAAACGAACCCAGACCAUCUGCCUCCCGAGAGCAUUCGGCCUCUAGAGUUCUGUGAUAUUGAAGCAGACACUUCGAACCUACGAGCCAGAAGCAGCUCCAUAGACGACACCUUGUGGGAGGGCCCCCAAGGCGAUUUUCAAGCGGACACGUGGGCCGACGACACCACUGCGAUCCUCAACUCCCAAAACGAAGAAGAGUAUUCAAACUUGCAAGGCAGUCAGCACUACAGGGAGUUCUCUGGUAGCGCAUAUGAUCCCUUCUGA